AUGUGGAAGUAUUUGAAAGUACUAUGGGAGGAUUAUAUAGAGACCCGAGACACAGGCGUGCGGCCGGAUGACAAAACAUUUGAUGACACAUUCUGGAGUAAUAUUGAGGACGUAUGGACGAAGUUUAAGGCCUAUAUGGAACAGGAGGACGAGCAUGGACUAUUGGGGACAUUGUGUUCGAACAGGCACGAGGACCACGUCGACGGGGAGCCAUUCAACCAAAGGGACCAAGCUCUAUGCGAGUUAGCACUGAGAGCACUAUGCUUUAAGCAUAGAAUCUCUUUAAUAGGGAGCACUGCAAACACGGAAAACUUGGACCAAUGA